UGCCUGUAGCUGGGUCCUGUAUGGAAGCCCGUGCAAGGCUGUCCCGGAGACCCCGCGCUGCCUGCACCUCUAUCGUCUCGGUUGACAUGGACGAUGAAGAUGGCAGGUGCCUGCUAGAUGUCAUUUGUGACCCAGAAGCACUCAACGAUUUUCUUCAUGGAUCAGAGAUACACCUGGACACUGACGACCUUUUGGAUGGCUCUAACGACCCCUCCAGCUCGUUCUUCUCUUCUGUUGGGUGCCACGUUCCAGAGGUACCACCCCCAGUCCAGCUGUCGUCCAAUGAGCAGCAAGGCCUGCCCCGGGUCAGCGUGGACCUGGACUUCCUGGAAGAUGACGUCAUCCUGGGCGGGUCGCCAGGCGACGACGGUAGCAACGGCAUCGGCGGCAACGCCAUGGUGCCAUGUGACAUUCUGCAACAGAGCCUGGCGGAGGCUAACAUUACAGAGCAGAGCCUGCAGGAGGCCGAGGCAGAGCUGGACCUGGGCUCCUUCGACCUCACCAUGCCAGGCCUGACUCAGGUGGUACAGACCCUGCCCUGUACAGACAGCCUGACUGGGCCUGGAGGGAUCGCUGUGGGGGUGGGGCUCCCCAUCUUCCCUGGAGCUCCAGACUCCUCCGCCACCCCUCCCCAGGCCACAGCUGACAUGCUGGGCUCGGUGCUGACCCAACAGGGCCUGGAGUUUGGGCCCCAGGUCAUGAACAAGGCCCAGGCCAUCAGUAUGCAGCCGUUCAUGCAGCAGGUAGCAGGCCUGGGUAACGUCACCCUUCAGCCAAUCACCUCCCUUCAGGCUCUACCUAACGGCUGUCAGUCAGGACACCUGGGACUGGGACAGAUACAGGUGAUGGGCCAGCCCACCGUGAUGACUAUGAACCAAUCAGGACAGCCCAUGCUGGCCAAAGGUAUGGGAGGAUACCAGCUGCACCAGCCUGGCCCCGAGGCACAGGUGGCUGGUGGGCAGGGCGGACUGGGAGGGGGGCUUCUGAUCCAAGGGGGUAAAGCCACUCUGGGUUCUCCUGCUUUAAACGGACCAGCGGUGUGUGGCGGCAGCGGUACCACAGGAACCUUGGUUGGGUUCAGUAGCCCCGGACUGGCACAACAUGGGCAAAACCAUCCCCAAGGACAGAUCAUGCAGAACCUGAUCAUCCAGCGGACUCCGACCCCCAUCCAGCCCAAACCCCCUCAAGGGGGCGCGGCCAUCCAGCCCAAACUGUUUAAGCAGCAGCAGACCCAGCCCCACGCCUUCCAGAACGAUUCCAACAAGCCUCUUGGGGGUCAGGUACCUGUCUCCGCUGCCCAGAAUGUAACCUUCCUGACAGGCAAGCCUGGUUCUAACGUGGUCCUGACCUCCCAGGCAGGGGUUUCCCAGCAGGCACUGUUCAAACAGCAGACAGCUCACCACCCUUCUGGGAAAGCGCUCAGUGUCCAUCUGCUCAAUCAGCCCGGCAGCAUCAUGCUGGGGGGGCAGAGCCACCAGUUCCUCUUGCCGCAGCAGCUAGCCGGGGGUCAGAUACUCACGCAGCACCCUGGGGGCCACAUCAUCACCUCCCAGGGGCCUGGGGGCCAGCUGAUAGCCAAUCAGAUCCUGGCUCAGCACCAGAACAUCAACCUGGGCCAGGUGUUGAUGUCUCAGGGCCACAUCCAACUGCAGCCGGGUCAGAUGGGGGUUGGACAUCAGCUUUUCCAGAUGCCUGUUACCCUGUCGCAGAGCCAGACCCACCCGGUCACGGGCCACCAGGCCCACACGGUGAUCCAGGGCAUGCCCUUGCAGAACUCCCUGGCCAUGCUGAGCCAGGUGGAGGGGGUGAGUCCUGCUGUCAGUCUGCAGCCCGCUCUGCAACCGCAGCCGGGGGGCGUUCCCAGCAGCGGGAUGGGCGGGGCGGCUGCCAUGGCACAGGGCCAGCCUGGGGAGAGUGGGAGCUGUACAGACCAGGCAGCCCAUCCUGGACAACCCCCACAGCACUCCUCCAUCCUCUCUAUGCAGACUGGGCCCUCUGUCUCUGUGGCUGUCUCUGUCCCCUCCUCUUCUCCAUCCUUAUCUGUGUCCACCACGUCAGCCCAGCAGCAGCACAGCCCUGGGAGCAGGGUGCUCUUCACAGGGCCACAAGGCUCCAGCAUGAUCCUCAGCCAGGAACACCUUCAGAUGUUCCUUCAGCAGGACCAGCGACAGACAGAGAAUGACCCCGCCCCCUCUCUCUCAGUGGGCGUGCCAGCGUCCGUUAUCGUCAGCAGCAACAGCAGCUCUGGCCACACACCCUCGGGUCUUGACAGCCAAUUAGCUGAGGCAGCAGUGGUAAACCAGGUAGACAAUACGCCCCUUAAUGCUAAGCCCCACCCCCUGUUGCUGCCACUGCCACUCUGUUAGAACAUUGUCUGCCUCGCUCACUCUCUCUCUCUCUCUCUCUCUCUGCACAAUUUGUUUCCUCUAAAUCACCAGUCUGUUGUCAUAACUCUCACUUUGUUUAUCUCUUCACCCUCACGUCUCUGCCGCUUGUGUUUGGGUGUGUCUGAAGUGGGUUUCCAGCCCUGCUUUCUAUGUACUGUCACUGCCCAUGUGUCAGAGGUUGUCUGUCUGUCUCUGUCUCACCCUCUCCAGUCAUGGACAUGCAUGGCUGAGUAUGGAUUAUAGUGGGUCGUAUGGUUGUGGACGCAUAGAAGAUGUAGAAACAUUUCCUGUAUUAUUAUAAACAAUCUAGAGAUAAAUAUAUUAUCAAACGUGCAUGUGUUCCUGAAUGUGACAUCACUACUCAUGAGAUAUGGGAGGACAGUGGUGGAUUGGACUGAUCGUAGAAUACUAGACCUGUCAUAUCUCAUAAUACUAGACCUGUCAUAUCUCAUAAUACUAGACCUGUCAUAUCUCAUAAUACUAGACCUGUCAUAUCUCAUAAUACUAGACCUGUCAUAUCUCAUAAUACUACACCUGUCAUAUCUCAUAAUACUAGACCUGUCAUAUCUCAUAAUACUAGACCUGUCAUAUCUCAUAA